AUGAGUCAAAACGCUGUCGUUAGUACACAUAUAUCUAAGCUCGCUCAAGACAGUUUGCGUGAAGUCAAGCGUCUUAGAAUUAUCUUGACUCGAUUGCUGGCAAAUGUGACCAACACUGGCGAAGAAGAAAGCGAUGGGACUGAUAAUCUCCCUGAGUGCGAGACCGGAGUCAAACAGCUACCAAAGACUGGUGCCGCGACGACUUCCAAUCUUGGAAUGACCGAUAGCAAAACGACAAUAGAUGCGCUGGACUCUCCCCGAGGACCGUCACAGACAGGCAAGAAGAGCACAUUAAGUGAAAACCUCCAGCCACAUCGGUUGAUCGCUCAAAUCAGAGACUGUUUUGAAGUACUGGAUGAACUGGCACGUCACAUGCGCAACUCACGGGUUCGAAGUUGCAUGGGAGAUCUCGGUCUCCACAAUGCACUCAGCCUGAUCACAACAGUAGAUCAGUUAGAGUUUCCGACGGAUGUUUUGGGCGAUGAAAGUGACGCGUUCGCGGUAAGACGAGCUGAUUGGUUGGUGGACCGUUGGGACGCUGAACGCUGGAAGAAUCGCUAUUGCGAGAGAGCGCACACCAUACUGGAGGGACUUUUGGCGUGUUCCAUGUUCCAAAGAUCCCAUUUGAAUUCCGAACAGAAACGACGUAUGCGUGAUUCGGUGCUGAAUAGUCCGCGGGACGUGCGUUGUGACCUGGAAUGUUUGUUGAACGAAAUACACGCCUUUUUUCCUAAACUAAUCAUCACUCUGGUAGAGUCCGGUUCCAGCAUAUCCGUGGUCCAUGUCAAAGUAGGUUAUAUUAUUUCUGUGAUCAGUUAUGUUUUUUGUCCGUUAAACGUUUAUCAAUGA